AAAUGAUUUAAUUGCUUUGUCAUCCAUGGGUAAAUUCCUUUUCGAAUGCCUCCACGAGAGCGAUCGCCGUUUACUGGAACGAAAAUAUGGGAAAUGGGCCUUUUUUCUUGACAAGAGCGUACUUGGCGUUAGUAACAAUUUCAAGUGGUUACUGGGGGUCGUGGGGAAGACCGCAGUUUAGCGCUAGUUGGAACAAUACGAGAGAUUGGAAGAGAGAAUUGGCCGAUAAGGAAGGUUAUUUUACCAACACUUGGGCCGUGGAAAUCGACCCUGCAGAAGAACACGUAGUCGCAGCGAUUGCGAAAAGACAUGGUUUUUCAGUUAUAGGAAAGAUUGGAGAUCUUCCUGGUCAUUAUCAUCUUAGACAUGAUGAAGUGGAUGAACUUAAUAAAGAGCACAACAGAGACAAAACUGAUAGAUUAUUACUUGAGAAAGAGGUGAAGUGGGCAGAACAGCAAAAGAUUCUUCACAGAGUUAAACGUGAUGGAAUACCUACAGAUCCGAAGUUUAGAGAAAUGUGGUAUUUGCUCAAUGAAGGUCAGACAGGAGGACCUGUUGGAGUGGAUAUUAAUGUCCUUCCAGUCUGGAGGAAAGGCUAUACAGGCAAAGGAAUUGUGGUGUCUAUUUUAGAUGAUGGUGUUGAUCAUACUCACCCAGAUUUGGCAGCAAAUUAUGAUCCAAAAGCUAGCCAUGAUUUCAAUGAUAAUGACGAUGACCCUAGACCACGAGAUACUGAUCCUGACAACUGUCAUGGCACCCGAUGUGCGGGAGAAGUUGCAGCUUUAGCAAACAACACCAUUUGUGGAACGGGGGUCGCGUACCACGCGCAUGUAGGAGGCGUUCGCAUGUUAGACGGUAAAGCCACUGACGCGUUAGAGGCGAGCUCGCUGGGAUUUCAACUUCAAUAUGUAGACGUAUUCAGUAACUGUUGGGGACCAAAGGAUGAUGGGAAAACUUUCGGGAAGCCGGGUCCUUUGGCGGCUAAGGCGCUGAAGAGAGGAGCUGAAACGGGUCGCGGUGGCAAAGGAAACAUUUACGUGUGGGCGACUGGCAAUGGAGGUCUUACAGAUGAUGACUGCAACUGUGAUGGCUACACUACCAGUAUAUACACAGUAUCUAUCGGCUGUAUCGGUGAUCAUGGCCUCUCUGCUUACUACACUGAGCUGUGCUCAUCCACCCUCGCAGUAACAUUUAACGGAGGUGCACACAGAGAGCGCGAAGAAAACAAAAUGAUAACUACAGACCUCCAUCAUCAAUGUACAGAACAGUUCAAAGGGACUUCAUCUGCCGCCCCUUUAGCAGCAGGAAUGAUAGCUCUUGUGUUGGAAGCGAAUAACAAACUCACCUGGCGGGACAUGCAACAUAUCAUCGUCAGAACAGCUAAACUAACGAGUCCUGUGGAUGAUGGAUGGCGGACAAAUGGAGCGGGAUUUCAUUUCAAUCACAAGUUUGGUUUUGGUCGCCUGGAUGCCGACGCUAUGGUAGAAAUGGCAAAAACAUGGACUUCGGUACCAGCACAGCGGAUUUGCACUGGAGCAGCCAGUAUAGAAGAAAGGGAUAUCCCUUCAGGUGGUGCACUGGAACUGUCCAUACCCACUAAAGCAUGCGCGGGGACUAUUGCCGAGAUAAACAAACUUGAACACGUAGUACUUACCAUCAGCUUUAUUCACCGACGCCGUGGUGACGUCAGCAUUCUACUGAUGUCACCGUCAGGGACGAAGAAUGAAAUGCUUUCUACUCGACAUUACGACGACUCCAAGGAGGGUCUUGAUAACUGGGGCUUUAUGACCGUACACUGCUGGGGUGAAAAUCCUCGCGGUUUCUGGCAGCUUAAGCUCAUUGAUAAUCCGCUGAACGAGAUUGGGGACCGUGUGUUGAACGGUUACGGUACGCUACACCUGGACACGAGCAAACAAGAUACGGAUGUAGAAGAUUUGGAGGAACAAGUUAUUGACGAUCAAACCAAGCAGCAGCAAACUCGCGUUCAGCAGCUGAAGAUGCAGAACGACCAUAUUGAUUUUCCAUAUCCCCCGGGAGUUAGACGAAACGAGGUGCGGCACCAGAACAGCUCGGAAAUGAGUGAGCAAAGCGUCAUAGACGAUCUUUAUAAUCUCACAGAAAGCGAUGUGGCUAGCGCCACGGAGUACGUUUACGAUCGAAGCCGAAUUGCGUACCCCGAGGGAUCGGGAAGUGGGGAUUUUUCUGGCAGCGACGAGGAUUUCUCAGACCCUGGACUUGACCUAAAUCCACAAGAAUCGGGAAGUGGGCGAGAGCCUAAAGCUUAUGUUAGUGAGGGAAUUCCCUUGGAAGAAAUACCCGACGAGGAAAUGGAUGCCGAGGAUCGAGACCACGUUUCAGACCCCUCGGAUUCGAGCGGGACAUCCCGGGAUGAUUUCCCCGAUGAUGAAGAUUUUAUCGACGAAGACACUAUGGAUGAGAACAACGGUUUUAAAGAUACUCUCCGAGAAACACCAUCUGUACUUAAGAAUAAGAAAUCUAGAGGGAGAAAGAGGCACUCGAAGACAACCUUUGCCAAGAAAAGUGUUGUAGUGAACAAUAAUUCCAAUACGAUAAAGAAAAAGGUCCAAGUUGCGGCUGAGGAAACCGCAACCCAGCGUGUUCAAGUAAACGCGGGCUACGAAAAUCCCGAGAUUCCAUGUCUCGCCAGCGGCUGUUCUGGGGUUCUAUUAAAAUGGGUGGUCACGUUUUAUGGAACUGAAAAUUAAUCACAUUUAGUAUAGCGAUUUUUAUUAAUUUAUCUGUUUUAUAAUUCUUUCGAACAGAAACAUCACCACCAGGACCCUAUACCAUCUGGAAGUUUUGCUAAAUUUUGAUAAACGGCUUGGAUAGGGCGUGCCUUCAAAUUAGACCCUGAAUGACGAAUUGGCUGAGCCAUGAAUUCGAUUUAGGAAUUUUUUUAAAUUGAAAGGCGCUCUUUCACAGAGAGUUUCCUUCUUCAAGCCGAUUAUCAAAGUUAUGAAAACCAUUGUUUGCUUUAGGGGGACUCUGCUUCGGAAAAAGAACGUGGUUUUUUACCAAUACUUUGCUCUGGUUCACCGCACAGUGAAUUGUAGAAUAUUUUCUGACAAGUUUUGUACUGUGCUAACGAACAUACCGCUACCUCAUUCACACAAAAGCUAAAACAUAUGUCAAGACUGUUUUGUUAAACACGGUCUUCAAUUUAUAUCUUUGUAGGAGCCGCUUAAAUCGAUGUUUGUCGACUUCAUAUUUUGCACAUUUAAAAUACAAGUUAGUGACUACCUCCCCUCCUAUGGACAAUUCAGUUUUUCAGUUCUCUGCGUCUGAUUUUCAUUUAGUUAAACCCGGUCUUAGAAAGUUUUGCUGGUUUGAAUGGGGUAGGAGCCCAAAAGCAAUCAAAUCAAGUGUAAACUGUAGGACGUUUAUUUCACAGAAAAAGCACGCAGUGAUUUCAUACACAUAGGUGUUAUCCCCCCCUUAGGAAUACAAAACCGUAAACUAAGUGCAUCCUUGGCCAUGAAGCUCGCUCUAAAACACCCAAGUUCUGUCUCUAUUAUGCAUUAAUUCCUGAAAUUUUCUCCAAUAUUUUAUCUUUGUGACAAGGAGGACUUAGCCAGUUCGUGAGAUUGGUAGCCCACCUCAAUCAGUGUGUAGAGAAUACAGUUUUACAUGAUUGGUUUCCAUCUUUUCCAUAGUGAAUCCACUCCAUUCCCUAACCUAGCUGGCAAUUUUUUUGCAGUGAGUGUCACAUUAAACA